CCCGUCCAGUUCGCCGCUAGACACCGUGGGCGCGACACCGUUCCUUUUCUGGCGGUCGCUUGUGUUGGAGCAGCAGUGAGUGUGUAGUACCAUAUGACACGGGUACACUGUACCAUACCCGCUGUUGGUACGCGCGCGCACAACCACCCUCCCGCUUUCUCUGGCCGUGGCGUUUUCCCGCUUUCCCGGUGUUUUGGUUUCGGUGUUCCGUUUCGCGCCCCUGUGUGUGUGUGUGUGUGUUUGUGCUGGUUCUCCAGUGAGUAAGCGGUAGUUGUAUGUACGCUAGCGGCCGCCCGAUGGUCGGUGAUUUUUGGUCGGUUCGUUCAUUCAUGCCGUAGGUCCACACUGUUGUGAGUGUGUGCCGUCGUCCUUCGCCGUUGUCGUCGUCGUUCGCGUUCCGCUCUGGGCUGUGGCAGCAAAUGCACGGUUAGUGUUCUGUUUAUUGUUUCUCAUUUGCUUCGUAAAAUCACAACCGGAUGGCCGACCAGCGUGCGUGGCCCUCGCUCCCGCCAGUGGUCUUAAACCGGUAACACGUUCCAAGCGCGCCUUUUUGUUUACGAUGACGCUGUGCUAAGGUGCAUUCCAGUGCGCUCGUGCAAGCAAAACAACAGCAAAAAAUCAUUCUCUGUGAUGUGAUUUUGUGGCCCACUGAGAAAGGUCGGCGAAAAGAGGGUGAAGAAAAAAAUCACUGUGUGUUGCAAUUAUUGCACUGUCAUUGGGAAGGAGCGGGGGGUAGGUGGUUGUUUGGGUGACCGUGCCAGUGAAUCCGUGUUUUAUUCCGUGUGUGUGUGUGGGCUUCUUGUGCACUCGCACCUGUCCCCCGUUCUGCCACACGUAUUUUGGUGGUGUUUGUGGUCGUGUUCGGGUUGCAACGGUUGUUCGUGGCGGAUUGGCCGGGGCCGCGUUCACCCCCCGUCCCCAUCCAACCACAGUGACAGCGGAUCCAUUAGCAUGUGUGUCUGUGUGUGUGAGUGCUUGUGUGUCAAGUGAUUUGGAGUGAAAUGCUUUCCCCGUAAAGUCGUUUGUCAUCAGCGCCGUUUGUGCAGGGAAAACGGAAAAUCAUAUCCACCAUUUUACCAUACCAACCGCGGAUUGAACGGUCGGUCGUGGCCGGGGGCGUGUGUGUGUGUGUGUGUGUCACUCUGGUGGAUGGAAAAUAAAUCGAAGCAAUAUCACCGUCCCUUCAUGGCGUUCUGUGCGGUCGACCGUGCGUUAACGGUGCCGACGAGCGGGAAUGAACCGGACGGAACCGGAACAAAAGGCCUCACCAACGCCGCAUUCCGCACGUGACGCUUCUGAUGGACGGGUGGUGUCCCGUGCCGCGCUCCGUGCCACCGUUCGAGCAUUGGCUUUGGGUGCCACCGAUAAAAUCGCGACCCCGGCAUCAGGAUCGCGGCUGUCGUGCGCAUCCAGUCGUGUGUGGCGGCGUAUAGGGCGCGCGCAGAACGCGUGGUGUUCAGUGCUAAGUGAACAAGUAUGGCUAUCGCCAGCAGCAACUCCGUCCCGUACAGAAACUGCAGGCGCGCAAAGCAAGAAAGCAAGAGCUACUAGUGCCACACCGAGUGAGUAGUGUGCUGUAAGAAAUCGUCCAUUUUCUAGUGUAUGUGUGUGUGUCUAUAAGUUACCAUAAAAGUGCUACUUAAGAUCAUCGACCAUCGAGUUCCUAUGCUGAGUGGAUUUUAGUCGCGCGUGUGUCAGGGUGGUACAGUUUAAACCCGUUCUUUAGCCGGCUAAAAUGAAGCGGAAAAAAGGCGCUGCUGCAUCCCUUGCCAAAAAGUGUAUUGCCGCCCGUUUUGUGGGGCAAACCGUGUGUGUGACCCUGAGUGAGUGACUGAGUAAUUUGCCCCCGUCCGUAUGUGUGUGUGUGUGUGCCUUUGGUGUUGCCAAGAUGCUGCCAGUUCGAACAUAAGUAACGGCCAAAUAUCGUUUAACGUGAAAAGAAGUACAUGCGCCAUUAUCGUACCACCACCAAGUGCAAUUCAUCAACCUUUUUGGGGCCAAAGAAAGUUACGCAGCGCCGAAGCAACGCCGUCCAACAAUAAGUGUAGUGUUAGUGUGCACAGUUGUUGUUUUUUUAUACCAUAAUAUAAUAAGUAAGCUCAACGCGCGUCAACAUGGGCGAGACGAGUAAAGUACAGCAGCAGCAGCAGCAGGAAAAGGCUCGACUGCAAAAUGAGCGACGAAUACGAGCCAACGAUCGAGAAUACAAUACACAAUUCAAAUACGCUAACAACUACAUCAAAACGUCCAAAUAUUCGAUAUUAACAUUUCUGCCUUUGAACCUGCUGGAGCAGUUCCAACGUCUUGCCAACUUUUACUUUCUGUGUCUACUAAUUCUCCAGCUGAUACCGGCGAUCUCGUCACUGACGCCCGUCACCACCGCCAUUCCACUGAUCGGUGUGCUCAUGCUGACUGCCAUCAAGGAUGCGUACGAUGAUUUCCAAAGACACAUGUCCGACUCGCAAGUUAACAAUCGGCGCUCGAAAGCGCUCCGGCACGGGAAGCUGGUGGACGAACGGUGGUCCGGCGUGCAGGUCGGCGACAUUAUCCGCAUGGACAACGAUCAGUUCGUGGCGGCGGACAUACUGCUCCUGUCGUCGAGCGAACCGAACGGGCUGUGCUUCAUCGAGACGGCCGAGCUGGACGGGGAAACGAACCUCAAGAUCAAGCAGUGCCUGCCCGAGACGGCCGCACUGGGCCAGCAGGAGGAUCUGCUGUGGAAGUUUAACGGCGAGAUCGUGUGCGAACCGCCGAACAAUCUGCUGAACAAGUUCGAGGGUACGCUCACGUGGAAGAACCAGCGCUACCCGCUCGACAACGACAAGAUCCUGCUGCGCGGGUGCAUCAUACGCAACACGCAAUGGUGCUACGGUGUCGUCAUCUUUGCCGGCAAGGACACGAAGCUGAUGCAGAACUCGGGCAAGACCAAAUUCAAACGGACGACCAUCGAUAGGCUAUUAAAUUUUAUAAUCAUAGGAAUAGUGUUCUUUCUCUUAUCGAUAUGCGGUUUCUGCACGAUUGCAUCCGCAAUAUGGGAGGCGUUAGUAGGAUACAAAUUUCAAAUUUAUCUGCCAUGGGAACGGAUAAUCCCGAAGGAUUAUCUGCAAGGUGCAAUCAGUAUCGGGUGUCUAGUCUUUUUUUCCUACGCAAUCGUACUGAACACAGUGGUGCCAAUAUCUUUAUACGUGUCGGUAGAGGUGAUCCGGUUCGCGCAAUCCUUCCUUAUCAACUGGGAUGAAAAGAUGUACUACGACAAGACGAAAACUCACGCGAAAGCGCGCACCACCACGCUGAACGAGGAGCUGGGCCAGAUACAGUACAUCUUCUCGGACAAAACGGGCACCCUGACGCAGAACAUUAUGACGUUCAACAAGUGCAGCAUUGCCGGCCGUGCCUAUGGCGAUGUGGUUGAUGUGCGUACGGGCGAAACAGUCGAACUGUCGGAGCCUACAUUCAACAGUAACACAUCGCUUUUGUUAAACGCUGAAGAGCCGCCAGGUCGCAGCACACCUCAGCCCACCACCACCACCACCACCACGAUCACCACCGAACAGCCAGUUCAGACCCCAAACAAAAAGCAUCCACCUUCACUACAUGUUAGAUUCAGUCAGCACAGUAAUAGCCAAGAAACGCAGACGUCCAUAUCCUCCACUACGACUAAGCAAGUCACCACACCAAUACCACCAACACCACCAACACCACCACAACAACCAAAAACCCAUAUCCCGGCGCAGUCAACUACGGACGUACCACCAAGUGGGAACAAUACGCAAGAAGGACUGCAUGUGAUGGAGUCGGUAGACUUUUCCUUCAAUCCGGAGUACGAACCCGAGUUCCGGUGGUACGACCAGGGGCUGCUGGAUGCCGUGCGGGCGGACGAGGAGCACGCGCAUAACUUUUUUCGUUUGCUAGCCCUCUGCCAUACCGUGAUGGCGGAGGAGAAAAAUGGCAAGUUAGAUUAUCAAGCACAAAGUCCUGACGAGGCAGCCCUCGUGUCGGCGGCGCGUAAUUUUGGAUUUGUUUUUAAAUCACGAGCACCGAACAGUAUAACAAUAGAGGUCAUGGGACGAACAGAGGAAUAUGAACUGUUAAGUAUAUUAGAUUUUAAUAACGUUAGAAAGCGAAUGUCGGUCGUGUUGCGUCGCAACAACUCCAUCAUCCUGUACUGUAAGGGCGCCGAUAGUGUGAUAUACGAUAGGCUAGGACCGAACCAGCACGACCUGAAGGCUCGCACGCAGGAACAUUUAAACAAAUUUGCCGGCGAAGGUUUGCGCACGCUGGUGCUCGCCGAGCGGCGCCUCACGAAGGAGUUCUACGAGUCCUGGCUGGUGCGACAGAGAGAAGCUGCCUUAUCUUUAGACGGUAGGGAGGAUAAGUUAGGUGCAAUCUACGAAGAGAUCGAAUGUGAUAUGCAGCUGGUCGGUGUGACGGCUAUAGAGGAUAAGCUACAGGACGGUGUGCCCCAGACGAUCGCGAACCUACAGCUGGCCGGCAUUAAGAUUUGGGUACUUACGGGCGACAAGCAAGAAACGGCAAUAAACAUAGGCUAUUCGUGUCAGCUGCUGACGGACGACAUGGUGGACGUGUUUGUGAUCGACGGCAUUACCAAGAGCGAGGUCGAGCAGCAGCUGCGCAAGUACAUGGAUUCGUUACGGAUCGUCAACACCUACCAUCCAGCCAACGUUCAAAAAGCGAACCAAGCGCACUCGCAAACGGUUGGUAGCGGUGGCACCACCAGCGAAACCAGUGCCGUGACGGCAAACGGAGCGCACAGCAGCAGCUCGGGUCCGAUGGUCGACAUACAGAACACCUCGCCCCCGUCCGUAUCGGUGGUGACGUUUAGGUGGGAUAAUAGACAUAAAUAUACAAGUAUAGGAGGAAGCGAGGAGGCACCGGACAGUGUAAACUGUAGCAACUAUUCCGACGGGUUUGAGAAGGGCGAACCGACGCUAACCGACAUCGACGAGAACACGGGCGUGGCGCUAGUGAUCAACGGGCACUCGCUAGUGCACUGUCUGACGUCGGAGCUGGAGAGCAAGUUCCUCGAGAUUGCGUCCCACUGCAAAGCGGUGAUCUGCUGCCGGGUAACGCCGCUCCAGAAGGCGAUGGUGGUCGAGCUGAUCAAGCGGGCGAAGAAUGCGGUCACGCUUGCGAUCGGUGACGGUGCGAACGAUGUGUCGAUGAUAAAAGCGGCACACAUCGGCGUGGGCAUCUCCGGGCAGGAGGGCAUGCAGGCCGUACUGGCGAGCGACUACUCGAUCGCACAGUUUAAAUUUCUCGAAAGACUGCUGCUGGUGCAUGGCCGCUGGUCGUACUACCGGAUGUGUAAAUUUUUGCGCUACUUUUUCUACAAAAACUUUGCAUUCACGCUGUGCCAUUUUUGGUAUGCAUUUUUUUGCGGCUUCAGUGCUCAAACCGUUUUCGAUCCAAUGUUUAUAUCCGUGUACAAUCUGUUCUACACCUCGCUGCCGGUGCUGGCGCUCGGCAUCUUCGAGCAGGACGUGUCGGACAAGAGUAGCGUCGACUAUCCGAAGCUCUACACGCCCGGCAUGACGAACGCACUGUUCAACACGACCGAGUUCAUACGCAGCGUCCUGCACGGUAUCUUCAGUUCGCUGAUAUUGUUUCUCAUUCCGUACGGUACGUACAAGGACGGCAUCUCUCCGGACGGGUACGUGCUGAACGAUCACAUGCUGCUCGGCUCGGUAGUGGCCACCAUACUUAUCCUCGAUAACACCGCGCAGAUCGCGCUCGACACAUCGUACUGGACCGUGUUUAAUCACAUCAUGAUCUGGGGCAGCCUGCUGUGGUACUUCUUUUUGGACUACUUUUACAACUACGUCAUCGGCGGCCCGUACGUCGGCUCGCUGACGCAGGCGAUGAAGGAGGCCACGUUCUGGUUCACCACCGUGCUGACAGUGAUCGUCCUCAUGAUACCGGUGCUGGCAUCACGCUUCUACUUUGUCGAUGUGUUCCCCAGCUUACCAGAUAAGAUUCGUGUACAGCAACGGCUGGCGCUACUGCGUUCCCGGCAGAGCAGUGACGUCUUGAGGACACCGUCCGCCCGCAAGGCACGCCGCUCGUUACGCUCCGGCUAUGCUUUCGCCCAUCAGGAAGGAUUUGGCCGGCUUAUUACGUCCGGUAAAAUUAUGCGCAAACUGCCCCAGGACUUUGCCUUCCCGUUGGGGCUGGGCAGCAAGAAGCAACAGUCGACGGAAUCAACCAAAAACAACAAUAACAACAACAACAACAAUAGCAGCAAUAACGCUAAUAACGCCUCGAAUGUGGUCAAUGGUGCUGGGGCCGUUGGGACACGAACCGGUACGAACACUGCGACCGCAACGACCCUGUCGGCGAUGGCAGCAGUCACCACCUUGACCGUCAAUGGUAAUCAGCAGCAGCAGCAGCAGCAACUGGUUAACCUGCCCGGCAGCUCGAACGGCGGUGAUCAGCACAGUCCGCGGGCACCGUGCCAAGAUCUGGACACGAUAAACCUGUAAAUCCAAGGUGGUAUCCCACCUUCGUCGAAACCAAAAAUCACAACGAAUAAUCCACUUGGCUGCAACGAGUUAACAACAAAACCAGUGUCCACAGGAGAGGUGUGUUAAGUGGCCCAUGUUUUGCUUUUUAUGUUGUUUUUUUUAAUACUCCGAUUCCCGUGUUGGUUUGAAAAUUAGAAAGAAUUAUUUUGCCUCCACCGUGUGAGCUACAAAUUUUAAACUCAAUACACCAACAGUCUCUGUACUAAUCGAUGCGAACAUAGUUAAGAAACGGACCGCAAAUUAAGACGCAAACACACGCUGAGAAGAAAAGGUACUUAAGCGAAUGUUGAUAUCUGCCAAACGUAAUCCGCAAUCCGUGGCAAUGGCCGGAUGUUAAAACUGAACACAGCAGCUCACCAACCCCCCUCCCUCCCCCUUCCUGCCUGUACCAAAUAACCGUAUAAAACCCCGCGAGUCUCUGCAAGGAAGGGAAAAGAGGCAAACUGACAAAUAACAAUAAUAACACAAGUAUUUCAUAGGAGAACAAGUCGAGCAAACCGCCUAAAGUGUGGGUGUUUAAGCACAGCUGUACGAUAAACUUCUAAGCAUAGUAUUGACACGACCACGGCUUUAGGGGAGAGUAAGAUAAAGACGGGAAAAGACGGAUCGCCAAGCGAUGCUCAUACAAAAAAAAAAACGCCUCCAUCAUCAUCCCGUUUUUGAGUUUCCAUCAUUCACACGCCUCAUCUCGAAUGUUUCGAAUCUCGAUUUUCUUUUUUUUUUUACUAAGAUCAUUCAUAUUCAGACGAACUACGAGCGCAACUAACAAUUUUUUGGGGGCGCGAAACAAGCCGAACGAAGGAAAGUGAAUAACAUUUAGCAUUAUUACACAUUAUGAACUUAUUGUGAUUGUCCUGUGACUACAUAUUUGAUAUAUUACGAGAGCAGUAAAUGCGAAUGCGAAAACGAAACCAGCCGCCAGCAAAACAGCAAUGCGAAAUAAGCUUAGUGGAGGGGGGAGGGUGUGGCAAUUUAUUGAAUUGACGCCGUUCUGUUGGCAACAAGGCCAAAGAGCAAAAGCAGGGGAGAAUGUAAAUAGUGUUAUAUCUUGUGUAAAGAAACGUGAAUAAUAAUAAAAAAAACCAGCAUGAAAAAACUCGUUCAAACAGAAGAGCUUUUGUGCGAUGAAGAAAAAAGAGAGGAAAAAGGAUGAGAACAAAACAACAAAAUACAACUGAAGUGAAAGAAAUAUUGAUAUUGAGUAUGUGUAAGAGAAAAAAAACACACACACACAAAAGAGCUCACACAAGUAGAAAAAAGAAAAAAACAACGGAAACAUUUGGAAGAGUCGAUAAAGUAAACAUACAAAAGAAGCAAACGAUGUAAAUAUAGAUGAAGGAAAAAGAUGAACAAAAAUGGACAAGAAACGAAAUAAAAACACAAUCAAUCAAAUGAUACAAAAACAAAAAAACCAACAUAACAGCAGCAAACGUACAGCUAGGCUUUAGAAGAGAAGAGAAAGGAAGAUUAAAUCGGGGCUUUAGUGCAAAUACAUAAACACAAACACACAAAAACACGUACACAGUGUGCUCUUCUGGAAAGCGUUGACUGUGUGCGGUGAUGUAUCCAUGGGAACAGAUAGUAAUAUUUUACUUACUCUAAUGCUAAUGCUGUUUCUCUCUCUCUCUCUUUCUCUUUUUGGUGGCAGUAGAGGGUGUAAAAUAGUUACCUUUUUUGUGUCCAUUUCUUUGCAGUUCUUCUUAAAGUAGUGAUAAAAGAUCGUUUAGUUUUUCUUCAAUAAAAAAGGGUAAUAUUUUUAACAUUAUUUUAGUCGGCACACACGCCUAGUUGUGUAAUUUGUUCUCUUCUUCUCUAUAGAACUUUCCGUUCCGAUAGUUUGCACUGUGCACCUUUUACCUACGUUGCGUAGCGUUUGCUCAAACGUGCAAGUUUUGUUCCUACCGUCCUGUAGUUUACUUUCAUUUUUUACCCCAAAUACACCUAUUAGUGAAACUAAAGUAUAAUUUUACGAAUUAGUUUUGUAUUGUUGUUACUAUGUACAAAAGGAUUUGGUAGGUCGCAAUGUAAGAUGAGGGCGAUGAUGCAUCUAAUGCAAGCGGAGGCGCCUAAUGUGUAUUAACCAAAAGUUAGCAAAGCAGCGGAAAGAUAGCGAUAGCGAGAGAGAAAGUGAGAGAGAAGAAGCGCUAGCAACAAAUUGAAACAAAACUGUGUAUUUUUAAGGGCGAAGGCGUAAAACACCGCGCGGACGCAUUGCAUUCCUAAAGAGCGCAUAAUAGAACUAAAACAAUGUUACGAAUGUGUGUAUGUGUCUCGUAAUGAUGAUGGUAACACGCUGUGAAAUAAAGGCGAACGGAAACGCGUAAACGAACGUAAUUCGUGUCAGAAAA